AAGCCUCCGCCCCCCGGCAGGCCCCGCCCAUGCCCCGGGGCUGCGCUACUCGAGCUUCCAUCCAGCAGAAGCUGCGGCCGCAGUACCGCUUCCCACCCGGGGCCGGUCCCAGGCCCUCUGGUCGGGCCCACUGGACAUGGAGCUCCGAGCAGCGCAUCGUGAGCCCCCGGCGCGCCCCAGCCUGCCCGUCUGUUUCCCUCACAUCAUAGAACCAGCUUCCAGCCUUUCCCAUCCCAAGCUCUGGAGACAGCAGCCUCCGGACUGCUGAGGGCACAGACAGCAUGAAGGCCCGGGGUCGCCUUCUGCUCCUCAUACUGUGCACCUUGGCAUUCUCCACUGUCUACGUGUUCCUGUGCUGCUGGGCCUGCCUGCCCCUCUGCCUGGCAACCUGUCUGGACCGCCGCCUCCCUGUGGCCCCCAGACCCACUGUGCCAGGGCCCCUGCACCUCAGUGGCUACAGCAGCGUGCCAGAAGGAAAGCCCCUUAUGCGAGAGCUUUGCCACAGCUGUGCAGUGGUGUCCAGCUCUGGCCAGAUGCUGGGCUCAGGCCUGGGUGCCCAGAUCGACGGUGCUGAGUGCGUGUUACGCAUGAACCAGGCACCCACCGUGGGCUUUGAGGAGGACGUGGGCCAGCGCAGCACCUUGCGCGUGAUCUCGCACACGAGUGUGCCGUUGCUCCUGCACAACUACUCACACUAUUUCCAGCAGGCCCAGGACACACUGUACGUGGUGUGGGGCCAGGGCAGGCACAUGGACCGGAUGCUGGGCGGCCGCACCUACCGCACAUUGCUGCAGCUCACCAGAAUGUACCCAGGCCUGCAGGUGUACACCUUCACUGAACGCAUGAUGGCCUACUGUGACCAGAUCUUCCAGGAGGAGACAGGCAAGAACCGGAGGCAGUCAGGCUCCUUCCUCAGCACCGGUUGGUUCACCAUGAUCCUGGCGCUGGAGCUGUGUGAGGAGAUCGUGGUCUACGGGAUGGUCAGUGACAGCUACUGCAGUGAGAAGAGCCCUCCCUCCGUGCCUUACCACUACUUUGAGAAGGGUCGGCUGGACGAGUGUCAGAUGUACCUUUUGCAUGAGAAGGCACCACGGAGCGCCCAUCGCUUUAUCACUGAGAAGGCCGUGUUUUCCCGCUGGGCCAAGAAAAGGCCCAUCGUGUUCGCCCACCCCUCCUGGAGGGCCGAGUAGUUCCUGUUGCCAGUGGCCACCAUGCCUCGCCAGGCCUGCAACCCGUUCGAGGCCACCACACUCCAUUAUGAACAUUUGUUUAUGAUUCUCGCCUUCUGCCUGAUGCCAGGUGGAACCUGGGGUCUCUGUAACCCUAGGCUGGGUAUACUUGGAGAAAUCUUGGGCCUUGUGACUUGAAGGGGAGUCAAGAGGGUGCCAUCUAUACCACCCCUGCUCCUUGGCAAAUUCACGUCUUCAUCUUGGGGUCCAUCCUGCCUCCAGGGCGUUCAAGUGGCCUUUGCCCUGGGACCAAUGGCCCCCUCACCAGCAUCAUGACUGUGCCAGUCUUGAUCUUUCCUCUACCUAUCCCUGUCCACAUGGUGCCACGUUCUUGGGCUGGUGGCCCUGGUUGGUGCAGCCUGGAGCCUGGGAUUUGAUGGGCACAAGGGUCUUUGAGCAUCAGCCUCCCAGCCCUGUCUCAGGAGUGUGCCAGUAAAUGCAUAUUUUCUGGA